AUGUGCUAUUACAGCAAUUACUAUGGUGGCCUGGGCGGUGGCUACCGUGGCCUGGGCUGUGGCUACCGUGGCCUGGGCUGUGGCUACUGUGGCCUGGGCUGUGGCUAUGGUGGGUAUGGCUGUGGCUGCUGCCGCCCAUCUUGCUCUGGCAGAUACUGGUCCUAUGGAUUCUACUGA